CUUUAUCAGCUGUUUACUGUUUUUGUAAGUUUAGUGCAAGUGCGCAGAUGCGAGUAUCAGUAAGGUCAAGCGGUCGAAGUAAUUGGAAAUUAAUAUUACUUUUGUGAAGAUAUAUUGCUAAAUAGAACAGGAUGGUCAAGGCAUGGUUUAUGGAUAAUAACCCAGAGAAUCCCUGCACAGAACACCAUAAGACACCUCCAGAAUAUGUCUCUUUAGAUGAUUUAUUUGAAUCCACAGCAGUGGAAUAUUUCUAUAUAAAUCCUGAUGAUAGAAGCAAACUCGAUAUAAUCCGAAAGGAACGCGGCUACUCUUACGAAGAUGAAAUCAACUGCUCGGAAGGAUGCCUCCCAAACUUCGAAGAAAAAUUAAAAAUGUUCUAUCAGGAGCAUCUGCACACCGAUGAGGAAAUCCGUUACGUUUUGGAAGGCUCCGGCUACUUUGACGUGCGCGAUCGCAAUGAUAAAUGGAUCCGAAUCCAGGUGAAUCGGGGCGACUUAAUCAUCAUUCCGAGCGGAAUCUACCACCGGUUUACAUUGGACACCACGAGAUUCAUCAGAACAAAACGCUACUUUGUCGGUGAACCUGUUUGGGUGGCUCACAAUCGCCCUGCCGAUGAGAUGGAGUCCCGUAGGGAGUACUUGCAAAAGCUGGAAAACAAGCAAUUCACACAGAAAAUCUAUUAAUACACACGCCGCAUGCAAAUGAAAGUUAUAAACAAUGAAUAAACCUAUGGCGACAGAGGUCACACUCCAUCACAGCCACAGCAA